CGAGACCCGCCAUUCGCUCGGCUCACGCCUUGGCCAUCGCCGGAGUUGCUGCGGCCCGGGGAAGGAAGAGUAGGCCGGAGCUGGUGAGAACUCUUUUCCUGCCAAGAUGUCUAUUGGUGUGCCGAUUAAAGUCCUUCACGAAGCCGAGGGCCACAUCGUGACAUGUGAGACAAACACUGGCGAGGUGUAUCGUGGGAAGCUCAUUGAGGCGGAAGACAACAUGAACUGCCAGAUGUCCAACAUCACAGUCACAUACAGAGAUGGCCGAGUGGCACAGCUGGAGCAGGUGUACAUCCGUGGCAGCAAGAUCCGCUUUCUCAUUUUGCCUGACAUGCUGAAAAAUGUACCCAUGUUAAAGAGCAUGAAAAACAAAAACCAAGGCUCAGGAGCUGGCCGGGGGAAAGCUGCUAUUCUGAAAGCUCAAGUGGCUGCAAGAGGAAGAGGACGUGGAAUGGGGCGUGGAAACAUCUUCCAGAAGCGGAGAUAAAUUUAUCUGUUGAACAGAACUUUGCUGUUAUUUUUCCUUUUAGGUUAUCUAAGGUUCAGAGGGGAUGUGUGCUUAUGUAUAUGUUCUAGCUUUUCUUUUGACAUCUUUCUCUUUAGAUCAGGGGAAAUGUUAAACUAAAUAAAUAUGGUGGUGUUUUUAAAAAAAA